AUGUCCAAAGAAGCAGAAGAAGAAGUCUUGGAUUUCUUAGAUUCUCUUCCGCAAGACCAAAAACCAACUGCCGAAUCCCCAGGCGACAAUGCAGACAUCUUGAACUUUCUUGACGAGUUGGCUCAAGAAAGCAACGCCGCCAACUUGAAACCAGCCAAGAAUGCCAAAGAUGACACAAAAGACAGCUCGCCUGCCCCUACUGCUGCCAAAGACAGCCAAGUGAUCCCAGAGCCUGAGAGCAAAGUAUUACAAGCUGAUGCAGGACAGGAAGAGGACUAUAAUCAUGAAAGCUCCAUUCCUGAUCCAAUCUCAUCGAUUUCUGGAUGGUGGGGGAACUCUGGCCAAAAGCAUCUCAAUUCUAUUUGGGGGUCUGCUUCCCAUGUCGUUGGAGAUAUCAGCAAAACUGCCCAAGAAACCGUUCUGGACAUCAGUAAAGUGGCCAAUGACCAGCUCAAAGACUUGAGCUUGUUGGAUCCCCAGGAUUACGAAAAGUUACCAGAAAUGUUGAAAGCAGGGCGCGAAUCAAUCAUUAAUACUACCAAUAAGUCUAUUGGUGACCAAAGUGAAACUAUCAAUAAAGUGGGCGGGUUAUUCAGCUCGUUUGUCACCAGUAUCAAUGAACAAAUCAUCUCGACCACCAAGACCAUGAAUCACCAUGAUGAAACUUUGAAGAUCUUUAUAAUAAAUGACGCAUUAAAGAACUUCAACUACAUUGAUUACUUGAUUUAUAACAAAUUCUCAAAAGUGAUAGGGCAAGUUGAAGGAUCAAUUGAUUUAGAAAUCAUCAACUCCAAGAAUUUUUCCAAACUACUCAAUAUUUUGGACUUGGCCAAACUUACUAAUGGUGACCUUGAUCUUAAACCAAAGACCAUUGAUUUCUUUAAAGGGUCCUCGUUGGACGCAGAGAAAUUGGCGUUCGCCAAUAUCGAUGAAGGAAUCAAAUCAUUGAUGCAAGUGAAGAAGAAAGAAAAAGAGGAACAGCAAGCCAAGGCCGACCAAGAAGAAAAUAAUGAUACCAACAGUACUAGAGUCUCCCAUAUCUUUUUAACGAUUUUGCCGAUCAUUCAAGAUAAAUCUGCACAAACUUACACUCUGAGUUUUGAGGAGAUUGUGAAAAUCGACGAAUCAACCACCGACAGUUUCCAAUUCUUGAUUACUGUUAAAGACUUGGAACACAAGUUCUCGAUUGUUACCAAAUCCCAAUCGUUCCCAACCAAGUGGGCCCAAUGGUUGACGACUAAUAGUGUGGAAUCACAAAAGGAAGCGGGGGAUGACGGGGUGGAGCCAGCAGACUGGGUGAGAGAAUGGGUUAAAGACGGGUUGGCACUUUCGUUAGGGGUGUUAGCCCAGAGUUAUGUGACCAAGAGAAUGGGAUUUUGA